GAAUUACCACCAUUCUCUCUAAUUUUACAGUGUCUGCAGAGAAGCAUGGAUCCAUUCAUGCUACAAGAGUUCCAGAGCAAUGUCACAUGCAGCAUUUGCUGUCAGUAUUUCCUGGAUCCUGUCACAAUGGAGUGUGGCCACAGCUUUUGCCGACCCUGCAUCUACCUGAGCUGGGAAGAAGGCUCAUCGCCACACUGCUGCCCAGAGUGCAGACAGAAGUCAGAGAAGACAAACUUUAAAACCAACAUAAGGCUUCAGAAACUGGCCACUGCUGUCAGGAUGGACAGAAUGAGUCAGGUACCCAGCUCACAUGGGCAGGUCUGUGGUGCACACAGCGACGCCGCAGGAGUACUGGGUGACUUGGACAAGAACCUGUGCUGUGAGUCUUCAAAAGCCAACAGACAUGGCCACAGCCACAGCCAGCUGCAGUUUGCUGCUGAGGAAUCCAGGGAGUAUGUGUCCCUAAGGGAGGAGAUGAUCAAGGCACAGUAUCAGAAGAUGCAUAUGCUUCUUCAUGAGGAAGAAGAGCUGCACCUGCAGAGACUGCACAGCGAAGCACGGGAGCUUUUGCAGCAGCUCCAGGACAGUAAAUCGAGAAUGACCCAACACAUAGAUUGUGUGAAAGAAAAAUACAAAGAGCUGGUUGAGAUGUGCCACAAGCCUGACAUGGAGUUACUGCAGGUGAGCAGGGAAGGGCCACGAUCAGAGACAUCAGAGCUCAUCCGGAGAUACAGGCCCCAGCCAGUGGACCCUGUACUGACUUCUUGGAGCAUCAGUGGACUUCGACAGAUGCUGAAUAAUUUCAGAGUGUCUAAUGGUUUGAAAAAGAAAGUGGCGAGUCACUACAUAAUCCUUUCUGAGGAUCUCAGAUAUCAAAUAUUUGGAGAACACCAUGAUGCUCCCAGUCAAGGCCCGAGAGCACAGAGUUUUGUUGCGUGGGGUGCACCGACCUUCCGCUCUGGCAAACAUUACUUCGAGGUGGAUGUAUCACACUCCUCCAACUGGAUUCUUGGACUCUGUUGUGAUUCCAGCAUAGAUGACCCCAAUAUCAUUAUUAAUAGCGAUUGUACCUUUUUCGUUUAUUCUCUGAAAUGUGAUGGUCAGAUCCUCUCCACCAAUUCUCCAUUUUUACAUCACUAUGUGGAGAGGCCUGUGGGUCUGGUUGGGGUGUUUCUUGAUUGUGAAUAUGGAAUGGUGAGCUUCUAUGAUGUUUCUAACAGUUCCCUCAUACAUUGUUUCCCUCCAAACUCAUUCUCCUACCCUCUGAAGCCCUUUCUUUGCAUGGAUACUCAAUGA